AUGGGCAAAUCGCAGACCAAGAAGAAGACGCAAGCAUGGCGCCACAACCCCAUCCGAGUGCCAGAUGCGCACGUCGGAGCUGGAAAAGCGGAGGGCAAGGCGGACCCAGGAAAAGAGAAGCAGAUGCUUCCUAUUCUGAAGAAGCUUUCUUCGCCCGAAUACGCCGACCGGACAUGGGCUUGCGCUGCUAUCUGCAACCUCAUCCAAAACGACGCAGCGACGAGGCGACUCUUCCAGUCUCGCAAUGUCGUUGGGGAGCUGAUCGAGCGGCUGUCGGACAGCGUAGACGAAGUGGUAGUGGAGGCUUCUGGAGCCCUCAGGAAUCUUGCUAUUGAUGGUGGACACGAGCUGUGCGGAGAGAUGUUCAACAAGGGGAUCAUGUCCCACUUGACCACUCUGACGGUCAAGAUCUCAGCUACGAUCGAUACCAUCCUCGCCUCAGACCCUUCGGUUCCUCGGGAACAUACCGACGCGGAGGCUCAAGCCCGGAAACACCUCCUGGCCUUGUCUGAGAAUAUCAUCUCUCUGAUUUGGUGCUUGGCUGAAGCGAGCCACAAGACUUUGAAUGCGGUCAAUGGAGCCGGGGUAGAAGGAUUGCUGGUCAAGGUAGUGGAGGGGCGGAAGGUCGUGGGUGCGGGCGUGACUCUGGCAGCGCUACAAGCGCUCUACUCCCUCACCCAGGACAAUCGGCCCUUCACCUCAUCCGUCCUCCGCCAUCCUUCCGCCAUCUAUGCACUGGCCGAGCUGUGUCGGGAAGACCACACCCCAGCUGAAGAAGCUGGAGCAAAGAAGCGGUCGAAGAAGGGGAAGGGGAAGUCGGAGGGUUCAGAGGAGGUAGGGGACGGCAGGGCUCUUCUCUCUCGUCUCCUAGCGUGCGGUAUCCUGCGCAGUAUUGUCAAGCCGGGCUCGAGAUCAGACGAGGAUGUCGAUAUCCAGCGCUUGACGAAUGAGGUCAUCAUGCCGCUUGUCAAUGAGAUGCUGGACCUCGAUCUUCCCAACAUCACCAACCGAGUCUCUCAACUGGCUUCUGAAGCUGCCCAAACGGAAACGGACAAACCAUCAGCAAAGGAUUUGAAGACAGACCAUCAAUCCUCGGCCGAGCAGACACUUGAGCGGAUCGAGCGGAUGCUCAAUACCGUUGUGGUCGCACUCGAGAUCCUUACCGGUAUCUGCGCCGGUCUGGAGGAUGAGGAAGAGAAGGAGCCGGCUGGUCCCGGCGCGGAAGUGGAGGAAGAGGGGAUGGUGCAGGAUGACCAAGACGAGGAUGAGGAGAUGGAUUCGGAUGAGGCGGAGAUGGACGACGAGGAUCUCAUCAACGAGGCGCUGGAUCAUGCCGAUAUGGCCGAGGACGACGAGGACGACUCGCCCACAAAGGUCAAUACUGCGGUCACCAUCCAAAGUCUUCUCUCGCACCACCUCCCUCAGCGACUCGCCAAGCUCGGUCAGCUCACUCCUCUCUCCUUCCCGCCAGCGGGAAGUCAACCAUCAUCGCAUCCUCCUACUACCUCGGUCCUCUCAACUCUUCAUCUGCGGUCGUACGAGGCGCUCAACAAUCUGUUGUUGACUGUCGUUGCGUCACUAUCCGGCUCGACGAGCGAUGCGCGGACGGCAGAGACGUUCCCAUUACAGGAGCUGUGGAGCUCCCUGAUGGGGACGGUACAGAUGGUGUCAAGCGAGCCGGAUGUGCUCAUGGAGCGGGGACAGGAGAUGAGGCCGGAAGUGCUGGAGAUGGCUUUGGGGUGCUUGUGGGGUAUCAUUAAGCUUGGUCCAGGCAGUCUGAAUAUCACGCCAGACCAACUCCAGCUUCUCCUCUCCCUUUCGCCCCUCCUUCGCACUCCUCUCGCCCGAACCCGGCUCAUCGAAUCCCUCUCGACCCUCGCCUCCCGCCCUUCUGUCACCUCCUCCGAAAAUCAGCUCAUCUCCACUUCCCUCUUAUCGUCCCUGUCGGUAUCAAAUGAGCCCGAAACUACCAUCUCCCUCGUCAAUGCCCUUAUCGAUAUCUACGCGGACGAAACACGCGAAUAUGAUGCGGUAUUCAGGGAUGGAGGGUAUCUGGCGGCCUUGACCUCGGCGGUAGGGGGCGUGAGGGCGGCAGUGAGGAAGGUGGACAAGAAAAAGGAGAGGGAGAUGAGGGCCCGAGGGGAGGAGGCGGUAGAGAAUCUGACGGCGUUCAUAAAGUAUCGGAGACAGCUUGCGAAGACUUCAUAG